UAUGGUGAGAAGAACCAGAAGGUGAACGAGCGAAAGGAGGAUGUGGGUGGAGAAAUAAAUCACAGAGAGGGAUGACGAGAGGCUGGUCCGUCCUUGAACACGGCUUCUAAAGAAUUUCAUUGCGGACAGAGCGAGAUAACAGCGGAAGAGGAAACAGGGAAGGUGUAUUUUUUUAUUAUUAUUAUUUUAUUAUCCGUCGCUCGGCUCCAUCCCGCCUCUUGCGCACCAUCCGAGGAUCCGCAUCGCUGCUUUCUGCUGCUGGUUGGAGAGAAUCCGCAUCUCGGCAAGGUCUUUUUCCUGUCCAGACGAUGGCGCUCUUGCUGCGUCUGCUCAUCCUCAGCUCAGUUAUCCUGAAGGAGGCCGUUGGUGGAGAUGUGUGCGUGUCAGGUCACGACAGUGGACCUGUGUUUGAAGAACAGCCAAGUAGCACGAUUUAUCCCGAGGGUCUGACUGAAGGGAAAGUUACUCUCAGCUGCCAGGCCAGAGCCAGUCCAGCCGCCUCCUAUAGAUGGCUGUUGAACGGCACCGAGGUCCCGCUGGGUUCGGACCGGUACACCCUUGUCGCUGGGACCUUGGUGAUUAGCAGCCCUGAGUCUGUUCGCGACUCCGGUUCGUACCAGUGUUUGGCCAUAAACCGCUGUGGAACCAUCAUCAGCAGAGCAGCUAAUCUCAAAUUUGGCUACCUCCAUGACUUUCCUUCAGACAGCAGGAGCCCUCAAACAGCGUAUGAGGGCGUAGGAACCUUCUUGGCCUGUCAGCCUCCUCAACAUUACCCAGCUCUGUCUUAUCGCUGGUUUAUCAAUGAAUUUCCGAACUUUAUCAAGAAGGACGACGAGCGCUGGUUUGUGUCGCAGGUGACGGGGAACCUGUACCUGGCCAGAGCCGAGCCGAAUGACACCGGGAACUACUUCUGCUUCACCACCAUCCACAUGGACAUCAGCACCAAGAGCACGUUCAGCAAGGCCAACCAGAUCACCGUGCUCCCAGACGUCAAUCCCAGGAAGUCGUUACCGAGUAUUAAGGUGCGGUUCCCUGGAGAGACCUACGCCCUCGCUGGACACACCACCCAGUUAGAGUGCUUUGCUUAUGGAAAUCCGGUCCCAAAGAUACGAUGGAGGAAGGUGGAUGGUUUGAUGCCGUCUAAGGCCGGCUCCUCUGUGGACGGUCCCACCCUGAUCCUGCCCGAACUCUCCUUUGACGACGAGGGUAUUUACGAGUGUGAAGCGUACAACUCGGAGGGGAGUGACGCAUACCAGGGACGCAUCAACGUUCAAGCUCAGCCAGAGUGGUUGCAGGUUAUGAGCGACUCAGAGGUGGAGAUCAGCUCGAAGCUUCACUGGAGCUGUGUGGCUGCUGGGAAACCACGACCCUCUAUACGUUGGCUACGCAACGGACAGCCUCUCACCACACAGGACCGCGUGGAAGUGAACGGAGCUCAUCUCAAGAUCAGUAACUUAGCGCUGGAGGAUUCUGGGAUGUACCAGUGUGUGGCUGAAAACAAGCACGGCACCAUCUACUCCUCGGCCGAGCUCCGGGUCCAAGUUCAGGCUCCAGAUUUCAGGUUGAAUCCAGUGAGGAAGUUGAUCCCGGCUGCCAGAGGGGGGAAGGUGAAGAUCGAGUGUCGCCCUCGGGCGGCGCCGAAGCCCAGCUUGUUCUGGAGUCGUGGGACGGAGCUGCUGACCAACAGCAGCAGGGUCACUGUGACUCCAGAUGGGAUCCUGUGGAUCCACAACAUCAGCAGAGCAGACGAAGGGAAAUACACCUGCUUUGCUGAAAACUAUCUGGGCAAAGCCAACAGCACGGGACACCUGUCUGUCAGAGAUGCCACUAAGAUCACGCUGGCUCCUUCCAACGCCGACAUCAACCAGGGGGAAAAUGUGACCCUGCAGUGUCACGCCUCCCAUGACCCCACCAUGGACCUGACCUUCACAUGGGCCCUGAACGGGGUCCUCCUGGUGGAGAACUCUGCAGGGCCGUACCACAGAGUUGCAGGGAAGGAAAACAUUGGUGACCUGUUGAUUGUGAAUGCUCAGCUGGGUCAGGCAGGAAUGUACAGCUGCACCGCUCAGACCGUGGUGGACAGCGCCUUAGCUUCAGCCAAACUCGUGGUUCGAGGCCCCCCGGGACCUCCUGGAGGUUUACUGGUGAAGAAUGUAGCUGAGACGUCAGUGGAGCUCAGGUGGAGUCGUGGAUAUGACAACCACAGUCCCAUCGGCAAAUAUGUCAUCAUGGGCCGAUCGUCGCUCUCAUCAGAGUGGAAGAAGAUGAGGACAGAUCCAGCGAACAUUGAAGGCAACGCUGAGUCGGCCCGUGUGACCGGACUGAUGCCCUGGAUGGAUUAUGAAUUCCAGGUCAUUGCCAGUAACAUCCUGGGGAGCGGGGAGCCCAGCAUGCCCUCCCACGUCAUCCGCACACAGCAAGCAGCUCCCACCGUGGCCCCAAGUGGACUUGGAGGUGGAGGAGGAGACCGCAAUGAACUCACUGUUACCUGGACGCCUAUGGCCAGAGAAUACCAGAAUGGAGACGGCUUCGGCUACAUUUUGGCUUUCAGGAAGAAAGACGCAUCUUCGUGGACAGAAGUGCGAAUCCCCCAGGUGGAGUCGUCGGGAUACGUCUACUACAACAGCACCAUGACGCCGUACAGCCCGUUUGAAGUCAAGAUCAAAGCUUACAACCGCAGAGGAGAAGGUCCAUUCAGCCAGAUUGCUGUCGUCUACUCUGCAGAGGAAGAGCCAACGGUGGGACCUUCAAACAUCAAUGCCACGGCGCUGUCCGCCUUUGAGAUCCAGGUUUCAUGGGAACCCGUCAAGCAGCUCAGCGCCACCGGCCUCCUCAGAGGAUACGAGAUCCGAUACUGGCGGCAGCAUGAGCGGGAGGCGGCAGCAGACCGGGUGAGGACAGCGGGCUUGGAACCAACCGCCAGGGUCUCCGGGCUUAGACCCAGCACUCGGUACCAAGUUGCCGUCCUGGCGUACAACAGUGCCGGCACCGGACCGCCCUCGCCACGCACCACCGUCACCACCAGGAAGCCACCUCCAAAUCGUCCUCCGGGCAACGUGUCGUGGAAAACUCAGGGCUCCUUCGUGACGCUGAGGUGGGACCAUGUGACGGCCAUGCACAAUGAGUCAGCUGUUCUGGGCUACAAGGUUCUGUACAAACAUGAAGACCAGGUGUCGUCCAAGUUUCUGGACAAGGCGAAGACGUCGCUCAGCCUGCCGCUGCCCGUAGAAAGUGGCUACAUCGUGGUGGAGAUUCGGUCCUGGGGCGAGGGUGGGGACGGGCCGGCCCACGAGAUCAUCGUGUCCCGGGACACCGGGACCGGUAUGAUGGUGCAGAAGGAUGCCUCCUCCACACUAUCCAGUCACCCUCUCCACCUCCUCGCCGGUUUCGUCCUCCUCUCGCUCCUCGUGUCUCUAUCGGACCUGUGACCUCCGCCCGCCUGUGGACUAUUUACUGUUGGUGGCUUGGAGUGAAAUCUCUCCCGUGUCUCGGCGAAAGGCUCUGGGUCAGAUUUCUGUGGAGGGAUGAGAAAGGUGGUGACGGGAGUUUUCAUUUUGUCGUGGCAACAAAGAGGAGUCUUUUGUAAGAAUUUCUUAAAGGAGGGUGUUACAUUUCUUUACCGCUGUCAGUAUAAACCAUGCCUUACAGGGACCACUGCAUCUUCGGCCGACGCGUCCUCCAAACUGUAGCCGGUGAGACGCAGGCUUCGGGUUUAAGUAACGUAUCUAAUCAAAGGCCGCGUACGUACGUGAGGGCGACAUCUGUGCGUUCACGGUGGGAUCAGUUUGACCGAGGAGUCUGAGCAGUUUUAUGAGAGCUGCAUCUAGAAUAUUACUACAAUUUUCAGUAAUACCAGAGACGUGUGGACAACAGAAAACUAGAUAUGCACACAAACAUCUUGUUGCUUGUGAUGCUUUGUGUUAUUAAAUGAUCAUUUGAUUCAGAACGGGCUGAUUCACAUUCACAACGAGGGGUAAGAGGUUAAAUCCCUUUAACCACGUGUCUGCAGUCACUGAUUUGAUUUAACCUCCUGAGACCCUGUGUCCUCAUAUGGGGACGUUAAGUUUUACGUUUGUAGUAGUAGUAGAUACUAGUUGGUGCAAAAACAUGACAGUGUUCGUUUCAGUGGAUUCAUUUUACAGAUGAUCACAUCACAAAAGUGGACAAAUUUUACAGUUUAAACUUAUUUAUUCUUAUUCUAGUUUAAUAUCACGUGCAAAUUCUAUCAUUAGUAACGAACUAUAACUUCGUUAAUUGGCAAAUAUUCAAAUGAGGACAUUGGGGUUUCAUUAUUUGCAAAAUUAACCUUUUAACCUUUUUGUAUUUUGUUACAUAUUGGUGACUUUAUUAUAAUAUCGAGUGAAAAUAAUCCCCGUGUCCACACAUGAGGACAUAAUUCUUUUUACUUUCAAAGACGA